AUGGGAAAAAGAAAGGCAAAGAACACUAGCGAACCUUCACAGAAAAGGCGCUCUCCUAGGUUUUUAGAGAAACAAGAAGCGACCGAAUUGAAGGGGAGGAAGCCCAGGGUCCAUCAAAGUACCGAAUCCAAGUCGGCUUUUGAGCCUAAGACACCACCUGAGGUCCAAAGAUCGACAGAGGAUAAGGUUAACACCAGCUCUGCUUCGGAACCUCCAGCGUCACCAGAAAUCCAGACAUCAAUGAAAGCAAAAAUCGACGCUAGCUCAGCUUCUGAAUCUACAGUGUCAGCAAAUGUUAAAGAACCUACAGAGGUUCAACAGCAUGAGGUGCCUGUUGAUGAACACGGGUUACCAGAGUUACCAGAAGAAAGACGCCCAGGUAAAUCCAUUGUUUGGACACGCCCGAGGUCUUUGAGCUAUAGGGGUGAAUGGAAUGAAGGCUGUACAAAGAACCUGUUCCACGACUUCAGCCGGCGUGUCUCAACUUGGGUAGAUAAAUACUGCUACAGGAGAGCAAAGCUCAGGGAUAGGUUGUCUGCCGGCGAUUUACAGAUAAUUCUGGACAGCCUUGGGAACUUUUGCCUGGACAAAGAUUGGAAGUCGAUUGAGGCGAGACUUGACGAGCUUGGCUAUAAUAACUUCUGUUAUUUUCUUCCAGGCACGGUGUUAAUGAAGCACCUCUUUGAAGAUGUUAUCAGUAAUCCAUUUGUCUACGUUGAGGGCAGUCAGGAGGACACAGGUAGCCAGUCAAGCAUGGAUCCACCAGCCUUUGGGAAGCAAUUGUGGGGACUUUGGAAGAGGCUAAUCAAAGUUGACCCGAUCAGAGCAUCUGACUGGCGGAGAACGACAACCCAGCUCCUAAAUCAGGUCCAUCCCGAACAUACGAGGGACUACAGGGUUGCACAUCAAACCGGCAAGGCCCAGGAGCUGCUCGCAAAUCGACUUGCGACCAGUAUGCUCAAGGAGUGUCAAGCCUUGCAGGUAGUAUUGAAGAAAAUCACCGACUCGAAUCAAGUUACAAACCGAUACAAAGGGCUUGUCGAAAUUUAUCGGUCCGCAAUUGACAUAUCUAUUUAUCUGGGAACAAUUGAAACCGAAUUGGAGUUCGAACUUGAUGUCAGGCGAGUCCGAAAACGAGGGUGUUCCGAUGAAAUCCAACCUGACGAAUGGCCUGUUCCAAUACUACUGCACUUUCCUCUUGUCUCAAGUCGCCACUUGAUAACUUCAGACGUUAUGGAUACGUUGCAGCAACGCCGAGAAGAUUUCGAAUACGACCACAGGGACGACGGGGAAGAAGAAUUACGAAAGCAACUGGACAAAGAGAUCCCCCAGGUUGAGGAGGGCGAUACCAUUCUUGUUUCAGCGAUCUCUUUCGCCGAUAUUGUUUACUCCAAAGAUGGACCUCAGGCCUGCUCAUGCGGUGGUCGCUUUGUCUGUCAGGGCGGAUGUAUAGCCGACAUUGAUAGUGAUGAUGUUGAUGAUGAUGGGAGCGAUUCAAACUCCAAAGUGGACGAUUGA